AUGGCCUACGACGCAACAACAACCAUCAUCAACAACACCACCUCCUCCUCUCCAUUCGCCAUGCCGGGUGCCUACCCGCUACCGCCCUCCCCCACCAUCUCAGCCAACACCCCUCCUCCCUCGUCAUCAUCAUUCUCUUCCUCCUCAGCCCUUUCCAUAUCCAUCCCCGACCUCUACCUGCCAUCCCCCACCCUCUCCAUCCCAGACGACUGGCGUCUCAGUCCCACCACCACCACUAGCACCCCUCCGCCUUCUCCUACUGCUUCUGCACUCUUCCCGCCCAUGCCGGGCGGGUGGCCAUCACCGCUGUCAUCUCCCACCACGACAGACGAUGAUGAUGACGACGACGAUGCCAAGGAGCAGGAGGAGGAGGAAGAGGAGAAGGACCGCAGCUGGCAGACCCAAGUGUCGUCACCAGCAUUCCCCACCACCACCACCACCACCACGAUGAAGGACAACGACUACUACUACUACUACUCCUGCCGGCUUUGGGCUGCCCGUUUGGUGAGAGCUAUCCGUGCGCAGGUGCGGAAGGCGCGCGCGCAGAGGGGGCGGGAUGAGGAUUGGUCGGGUGCUGCUGGGGUUGGUGAGGAUGAGGAUGGCGAUGACGAUGACGAUGUGAUUGAAAAUGGGUUUGAGGGUGAGGAUGGAGAUGGCUGGCAGCGAGAGGAAGAGGAUGGUGACGUGAUUGAAACUGAGGUUGUGGAUGAAGACGAUGACCGGGAGGGCGAGGCGGCAAGAGUUUUCGCUUACGUCUGUGAGGAUGGUGAGAUGGGGGAGUUUGUGGUGGUUGGAGACAGCGGAGAGGAUGAUUCGGAGGGGGAGAAUUAG